ACAUCGUCGCGUGCGGAUCGCAGUUCGGUCGCGUUACCGUGUGUUCGAAGCACUGCUGAUCUGUGUGUGUGUAUGUGUGUGUGUGCGUGCGUGUGGUGAGGGGUAGAAGAAGGGAGAAAGUGGUGUUUAUGUGUGUGUGAACAAGGUUAGUGAGGGAAAACGCACGAGAAAAGAGUGUUUCUAAUGGUAGCAGUGUUGAACAAAUACUGAAGUGAAUUUCAUUCCAAUCACUCUUGACGUCCGUUAAUGGAAAUGACCACAUACGAGUUACCAAAAGCAAAGCAAAAUGUGAACAAAAUGUAAUUUACGGUUAAUCAUUGAAGUGGAGGAGUGUAUUUUGUUCCUGUUAAAAACAAAACAAAAAAUAAGAAAGAAAUUUCUGAAUGCUUCGACGUUGGAUGAAAAACUGGGUUUUGAGAGAAUUCUGCUGCUUUCGGAUUAAAACAGCUCAGUCUUUCACCACUGUGUGUGUGUGUGUGCGUUUCCGGAGGUUGGUUAAUCACGAACAUGAAACACGCAAGGGUAUAUUGAUGCACUCUACAUUGCCACAUUGCAGCAGCGGGCACUCAGCUGUGGUCGAAUUUUAAUCAGCAAGCGUGACAACGACAUCACCAGCAAGACCGGUAAGCUGAUCGGAACUCAUCGAUGCGAUGUAAUUGAAUGUGGUGACAGUGUGUGUGCGUAUGUGUAACCUUAUCCAAAAAGGGAAGAGAUCGAUUUUUCCCCUCAGGAAUUUAAGUAAAACUCCAUCGAAUGUACCCAGUUUGUGAGGAGAGACAAUCAAUACACAGCCUGAAAGGAGCGAAUUGAUUGAAACCCGAAACCCUCGGAAAAGUGCGUUACGGUUUAAGCAUCGUUUCCAGCACGUUAAACACUCUUCCAAAUAAAACCGAAGAAAAAGCACCGGAAAAUUCGAGUGCAAAGUGCAAACCAUUGCGUAUCGCUUCUCUGCUGUGUCUUGGCUGUCUGUAAGCGAAAAGGGUGUGACCGCUAACCGCCGCACUGAAUUCCAUCUCGAGUGCCAACAGUCCCCCUUUUCUCGCUGUACCGAGCAGUGGUAAAUGUGAGUGUGUGUGUGUGUGUGCGUUUAAAUCAGUGGCAAUAGGGAAUGGGCACCGUUUACCAUCUUCCCUGUUCACGCGCGUGAGAGGGAAAAUCCAAGCAAUCCAUACCCCUUUUGGAACUGUGCAACCAUGCAGCGCGUUAGUGUGUGUCCCUGAUAAAGUGUGUACGUGUGCGCGUGUGUGUCUGUCAGAGUGUGAAAAAGUGAGUAGGGAAAAUGGUUAGGUGAUAUGGUUGAUGGUUUGAAGUUGAAGGCAAAGCGAGUAAUAGGAUCAUAUGGUAGCCUAGUUUCUCAACCCAACCGGUUCCUGUAGCAACGGUGUGUUCAUAGGUGCAGGAUGAGUGCGUUCCCCGGUGACGGAGGGUAGUGGAGGAGCCCUCCAAGAAGAGAGGCGUGCGUGUGUGUGUCAGUGAGUGUAUGGUGAACGGGAUAAUCUAUUAAGUGGAUUUAUUAUGGUUUAAAUAAAGGAUUAUUAAGCAGAACGGUGAUCGGUUAGGGAGCAAAAUCCUUACACCACGAACAAAAGGUGUAACAGAGAGAGAAAGAGAGAGCAAGAGAGGAGUGAAGAGGACGUAAAGGAAGGGCAGCAACGGAAGCCAUUACGUUGGGAAAAGCUGGAGGAAUUUCAAAGAUGAUAAUGAAAGCAAUACAGUAUUCGCUGCUGGCAGCGCUGGCCCUGAAGCUGCUGGGGGUGUGCUAUGGGUGCAAAAUUUCCGAGUACCCGUGCAAGGGCGGGGCCAGCUGUGUGCCGCUGGACAAAUACUGUGACGGGCGGGAUGAUUGUGGAGAUGGCAGCGACGAGCCGAAGCUGUGUACAGUGUGCAAUCGGACGUACUACGGUGAUAUAGGGCGAACGUACACGCUCACGGUACCGCCACCGCAGUGGAACCGGCUGCCAUUUCUCUGCCAUCUUACGUUUACCGCUUCCGGUCACGAACAGGGUGACAUCGUGCAGAUCAUAUUCGACAAAUUCACCGUCGGCCGGUUCGACGAAGGGCUGAUCGAUCCGGACAUGGAUUCUAGUGACGCGAGCCUUACCAGCGGCGGCGAUUUGCCAGGCUGUCCGGAAGGCUUUAUGCAGCUCAGCGAACUGGGACGCCCAUUCACUGGUGGAUCCUGGUGCGGGAAGGCUUCCGGUCAUCAGCUGUACUUCAGCGAAACAUCCACGGUGACAGCAUCUGUCAAGGUCUUUCAUGCACCGAUGCAGGCCGGGACGCCGUUCGAAUUUCGCAUCCGGUACAAAUUCAUAAGUCAAUCAGAGGCUAUUGUCAGGUACGGUGCACCGAGCGAGCUGCUCGAGCUGGGCCGUGUCACGCCCGGGACGUACUGUACGCGCCAGUAUGACGAAUGCUACCGGAAAAAGUGUCGCCUGCAGAGCCCCAACUAUCCGGGCAUGUACCCGCGCAACGUCACCUGCUACUGGACCAUCCGGCAGAAGGUGGUGCCGACCUGCAAGCAUGCGAUGGUCGCUAUCAGCCAGGAGAACGAGCACAAAGCACUAGUGAAACGAUCCAUCGCGAGCCUAAACAAAACGGCACGAGCGGUGCGGGCCUGGUCGGACUGUACGGGCGAGCGGGAUCAUCUGAUCUUCUACGACGGCAGCAGCACCAACGAUCCCGUCCUGGCGAAGUACUGCGGCGGCGACUGGCUGCCACGGGUCGUGUCGCGUGGACCGGAAAUGCUGAUCGCCUUCCAUUCGAGCCCGUUCUCGGCCCCGCUCCAGUCGGGCCAGUCGAACCGUGGCUUCGAGCUGGACGUUGACAUUCUGUUUGCCGAUUCCGACUCGUACGACUUUGCCCAGGGCAGCAAGUGUGAGUUUCACAUCAACGCAACGAAUCCAGAUGAGGUGCUGCUGUCGCGACGGGGCCGGAUGGGCCAUCUGCUGAGCCCGCGCCACACACUCGCACCGAACACGACCUGCACGUACUACUUUCACGGGCUGCCGACGGAUUUGAUCUGGAUCUCGUUCACCCACUACCACCUGCAGAUACUGCAGCCGAGCAGCAGCGGGAGCGAUAACUCCACCAUUGGACGGCACGAGUCACCUCUGCCGUGGAUUACCCGUACGCGCAUUUGGGACAGUGCUGGUACGUUUGUCCCCGUGCGCACCACUUCCCCGGCAAGUGUGCUAUCCUCGCCGGGCGGUGCUGCUAGCUCCCCCGGCUACGGCUCGACGCUCGGUGCCGGUACGGCAUCGGUACUGCCCGGGCUAACCACGACGACGGCACUGUACCAGCAGCUAAUGAACCGAACCGUCAACAGCUACUACACCGGUGUCAAUCAGAACGGCAAGAGUCUCAAGAUCAAUGUGGACAACGUAUGGAACCCGGUCGAUCAGUACAUCUACGGGCCAACCGUGAACAGUAUCUUCAACCAACCGCCACCAACGGCACCGAGCGAUGGCGUUCGGGGUCGUGGGAAUUCAGCAUACAGUUCAUCCGGAUCGCAGGAUAAGUAUUCGAAGCACAAGGGCGGCAAGUCGGAUAUUGGGGCAGGCAAUUACGUGCAAUCGGUACGGCACGGGAAGGACUCGUCCGGUGGGUACGAUCUAGCGAAGGAUCAUGGCCGCAAGGAUCGAGGAUCGUCCAAAUCGGCCUACGGUUCGCGCCGUCUAAUGGCGGAGUUUUUCGACAAUGAAGCGCCGAAGCUGUGCGAUCACAUGACGCUGGAGAGUAAGGGACACCGGAUGCGACCCUGCACACCGCUGGAGAGCUACGUUAGUACGGGGCGGGAUUUGAAAAUUGAAUUCCACACCAUGACCGGAACCUCGCUGUUUCCUUCGAGCUUCGGUAUCAACUACGAGUUUGUAGACACGGAACUCGGCGGAGAACCAUACCUUGGUGAGCAGAAACAGAAACCAAAGGACCCACAGGAGGACCUUACCCAAGCAGCCGAUCCCUCCCUUCCCAUACUGUGUUCGCGUGUGUUCCGCAAGCGCAAGGGUGACUUCCAAUCACCCCGGAACGUGUUCCUGCAUGGUCGGGGUGGCGCUAAGAACAUCUCCUGUCUGUAUCGAUUCGAAGCGUCCGUUGGUGAGCGGGUCCGCGUGGAGUUGUUUAACGUAUCGUUCGGUGAGUUUGCAACCUGCGUCACCGAGAGCGAUGGACAUACGGGACGUGCCCGGUGCAGCCCGUCCGAAACCGACCCGGACAGUCGCAUCGGCGAGUUGCGCCUCUACGACGUGCCGUACCCGGACGCAAGGAUACCGCUCGGCUGCUUCUGCGACAAUACGAGCAGCACCUACAACGCGCCGCUAACGUUCAUCUCGAACUCGCGCACGCUGGAAUUGACGUUCGUGGUGACGCGGCUGAACAUCUCGGAAGACUUUGCGGACGUGUACUUCCACGCGGCGUACGACUUUAUACGGGUGCCCGAGUGUCGGCGAAGGUUGCGGCUGAAGGGUUCGGGUGGGGAGGAUGAGAUGAACUUCCCGCUGCAAUCGCAUGAGGCGAGUUGCGACGGGUUGCCGUGGUACAUUGAGGCGCAGCAGCAGGAUCGCAGUUUGUUCGUGCGCACGUGGGGCAGCUUUCUGCCGGUGGAACCGGUGGCGGAUGAUUUUUCGAAGUGUAACACACGCAACCGGUUGAUCGUGUACAGUGGGGUGCCGUUGAAGGUGAUGCGGGUGAUUUGCCCGUCGCCCCCGUCCAGCCGGUCGGCGGCGCUACACAUCUUCAGCGAAGAUUGGUUAAGCAAUCAGCCCUUCCUGACGUACGACAGGCCGGUCAGCAUGGUGCUGGAACCGAUCCACAAGGAGCCGGGCAGUAUAGGGUUCUCGUGGCUCGAGAUACAGCGGACGAAGGCGUCGCUCAUCCAGCAGCUCGAUCUACAGUCCAACUUUACCACCAACGAUACGCUGGUGGAGUUUGGGCUGUAUCCACGCGAAACGGAGUGCGAGUACCGGUGUCCCGAGCUGGACGCUUGCAUCGGUAGCGCCCUCUGGUGCGAUGGUCGUCCCAACUGUCCGUCCGGGUACGACGAAAGCGAGCAGGAGUGUGGCAGCCGGCUGAUCGAGCUGCCGGGCGGCAUCUACGCCGCGUUCGGGUGCGUGGCCGCCGCCAUCUCCGCCUGUCUCAUCUUCUGCCUGCUGGUGAUGGUGAAGAAGCGGCGCAAGGCGAACGAGAAGCUCAAACCGACGGUCGGCAAUGGGGCGGCCGCCUCGCUCAACGGUACCCUCUCGAAGAAGGACUACAAGAAGGAGCCACUAUUUUUCGAUCCGGACUCCUGACACGGGCUGCAACCGGUCGAAUACAUCCACGUCGACCGGGAAACGACCGUGUGACAUGCUGUCUACCUGGAUAUGGAUGAUCUUGCGUACUGCUAGACCGCUUACCAGUGUUCCCCCUCAUCCCAUUCAUUCCCAUUCUCCGUCUUUUUUUUCUCAUCAUUCCUCCGUUCUCUAUUUCUCCUAUAAACCCUCUACUAUAGUCCCUUUUUCAUAAACCCAGUCAAAUGAGUGAGCGAUCGUACAACUACUCCAUAUUGAGCGCGCAAGCGCCCAAACACCCAAAACGGUAAGCAAACAAAUAUACUCUCUCUCUCUCACACACACACACACAUUCAGUAGAGCACUAUCUAGCGGAUCAAACGAGAACGCAACCAAUCAUCCAGCUAUCCAGGUUGACAAUGCCAGUAACGGCCAAAACCAGCAAGCCAACGUCUCUCUCAGACGGAGAGGUUUGGCAGCACAGCUAUCGGUGGAUAUUUUAGGCCCCCCGGCCCGUUCUUUGAAGUGCACUUGCACACACUAGCUCUCUGCAAGUGCUGCAUCGGUUUUCAUGAUGCAGCUACUGCGGAAGCGAUGCAAGCAAAAGGGGAACGGUACGUUCGAUGUAUUCUACCGCGAAAGGCUUGGAAAUGUAGAAGGGCCACGAAAUGGGGAAUGUGAAGAAAGCAUGGAAGGAAGGAAGUCAUAGCGUAAACACUGUUUCCUAGUAAGAUAUAAAAACGCGAGAAGAAAAUCGUGACAACCAGUAUAUUUAAAUUAUCUAGUUGAACAAAUGUAGCAGAGCACGUAAAACAAAAUUAGCAGCACAAGACAACAAAAAAAAACAAAAAACAACUACACACACCAUAAAACAUACAUUGCGAAUGCGUUGCAAAUGUGCGAUUCUUCGCAAGUUUGAGUGUGGAAUUUCUAUUGCAAGAAAUAAAAACGACUUUCCACACCCAAACAAAUAUGUGUUUCACAUUUUGCCAGAUUCGCGCACAAGUUGGCGCCUACAUACACGGUUGUUCCUCGUGAGGACAUACGCGCACUGUCUUCGACUUUUAAAUGAUAGAUACAAAAAAGAAGUGCUGAGAGUGAUAGAAAUGGGCAAAUGGGUUGAAGCAAAACCACUAAGUGGCGGGGAAAUAGUUGAUGCCUAGUCGAAGGAACGAGUUGGGUCGAUCUAGCCAUGUGUUGUUACUCUGUUGCGCCAAUGGGGGGCGAAAGGGUAAAUGUGUUUGUGUUCUUCAGCGGAACGAAAACAGAAAAAACUGUAGGGAUCUGAACUUGAUUUACCAUUCCUCUCGUUAAAUAGUGGCAAUCGAAGUUUCCUGAAAUUGAAACAGAGUUUAGUUGAAGUGAUCUUUUCUUAACGUUAAGGAAUAGAUAAGUAAACAUUAUAAGAAAACAAAAAACAAUUGCCAAAACGAUGUCUACAUCACACUGUCACAACAUCACCCACAAACUGCUUUGCACUGUUUGAACGUUCUUGUUUCAUCUAAACACUGCCACAAUUUUUAUUAAACUGGUUCGACGAACUUCAUUUAUUGUGGAGUAAUAUGAAUAGUUUAAUUUGGUUUUUAUAUUACAAUUGUUUUGCACAACCAUCUAGCUAAAUUUUGCAAAUAACGAGAAAGAUUUGAUUAUUUUUUUAAUGAAAAACGUAACAAUGCAACCUUCAUACGUACAUACGAGCAACGCACUCCUGUUGCUACUUCUCCCUCUUACUCUAUCUAUGGUAUUACAGCUAGCAAAAAGGCAAAAAAUGAUAUGAACAAUCGUGAAAGACCAGGGUGGAAGAAUACAUCUAUAUUUUUCUCGUAACACAUAAAUCGCUAGCGGUAAAGUGUCAUGGUGAAACCAAACUGAAUCAAAAACGGGAGGAGUGAUGAUUGUUACCGCCAAUGAAACAGGGGAAACACAGGAAGUUUCUUCUUCGCUUAACUAAGCGAAUUAAGCUACAUAACACAAACAGUAUAACAAGUAAAAGAAACACAACCAUGAUAGAGACAAACAGAUGGUAGAUCCAAAUUGCACCGUACUAAACCGUUUCACAUGCAAAGCAGAAGGAAAAAGGCAAAGUCACUUCACCAUCAUCUCACGCGCAAGACACCACAUGUUCGAUGUUUUCUAUAUUUUCUCAACUUGAACGCCUUCUUUUAAACAAACUGUUCCUUUUUCUGAUGUUGUCAUCUUGAAGAAUACAUUUUUUUCUACUUUCUACUGUUUUGUUUUCCAUUUAUCUAUCUCUUUUCAAUGUGUUCCUCUAAGAUCCUUGCAUUCUCUGUUUCACCCUUCAGAACAAUCACGUAUUUGCCCCUCAACCUUGUUUGAUCGUGUAAGAUAGCUAUAUAAAGUCUAGAGUACUAGAUUUCAAACAUUAAGUUUGGUUUUUGGUUUAUUUCCAAACUUAUCGCUACAAUGAUAUGGUAAUGGUAUAAGUGAAUGUAAACUAGCGUAGUGUAGGUAAACAUAUUGUAACGCACGUUCCUGCUUUGGGAAUCGGUUCUGUGCACUGUCAAACCAAACCAACAAAUGUAUGUUUGAGCGUCUGUGUGUCUGAGAGGAUGCGUGCGUGUGCGUGUAUGUGUGCGUGUGUCUGUAAGCAAUGCCCAACCAAUGUGAAUGUUUGAAUGUUUUCUUAUGCGAAAUGUUAAAUAGGAGCAAUUUAGAAACAUGUAUACAUCUUGCGAUAAAUGCUAGAAGAUAAAAAAACACGGGGAAAAAUAGUGAAAAUCAUUUCAAACAGCAGCAAAGAGGGUUCAAAAUGAAUCGAUAAAAAGUCAAACGAGAAAGCAAGUGAAUCAUAGAGAGAAAGAGAGAAAGAGAAAAUGAAAACAAAAAGGCGAAAGGAAACACACAGAAAGCUCACAGGAACUAUGCACUGUGUAGUGCAGUAAAGGUGAAAAAACACUCGUGCAAAGUGCGUGUGAAAAUACUAUUUUACGUGAAAAUGCAAACUAAUACAACGUUACACCGGUAGUUGGGCGCCAGAGUCCAGGCAACCGAAUUGAAAUGAAAAACCAAAACUUUCGUGCACUAUUUGUAAAAUUGACAUGUGGGACAGAGUGGGAGAAUAACAAUUAAAUUGAAGCUAGGGAAAACCCAACAAAAAAAAAACAAAAACCAGUCCACUUGGCUAAGCUGUAGCGGUGUAAAUGUCAUUGAUCUGUCUAGGCGAUGACCUUAUACUAAAAGUUCGAUGGCAACAUACAGAAUACAGUAGCAGCUCAAUCAAUUGAAAACUAUUUGCAGCAACUGCACACAAAAAAAACCAAAGCAAGAUGAAAAAAAAACACACAAAACACGAUAUUAUAUAACUGAUAGAUGAAAAAGAUAGAAAGUGAGAUGAAGUAAAAGAAAUGAAAAAAAAAAAUACAACAAUGAUAAGAAAAGGAUAAAAUGAAGCAAAAGCAAAGAAAGUAAUAGAUGAAAACCUUACAAACCGAGCAAAUGAAUAUAAACAAAAUGAUGAAAAGCAGACAGAGCAUAACAAAACUCCAACCGGUGGAAUUUGUUUAGGUGUAAAUAUAGCAACUUGGCAAUUGGGGGAGUUUACAGCAAACCAAACCAACAAGCAAGGAAGGAAGGAAAAAAAACAAUCGCACACAAAACGGGGACAGAUUUAUAAACGAGAGCAGUGUGAUGAUGUGACGGCUAAGCAGCUAAGCAGGCGAGGUAUGCAGGUAGUGCAUCUAGCUAAAAGAUGAUGAAAAUGAAAAUUAAAAGAGGUAAGAAGCAAACGCCAGAGAAGCAUAGGAACUACAGGUGGGGGAGCAGGCACGGCAAGUGAAAAUAAUAAACAGUGGCCAAUGAAUGACCGUAACAAA